AAUUCGCUUCAGUGAGUUUACCCGGAUCCGACUCCACUCUUCCAAGUUCCAAGACUCGCCCCUUAAACCCCUCAAUUUCAUGCCUAAAAAGACCUUAUCUUUCAUGGCGUUUCUGAAACUAGUUUAAAAAUGGCAGUUUCUUAUACACAGUUUUCGAGUGUAUCUGCAAAACUUCAGUUCCCUACUAUGAUGUCUCUCAAACUUAAUUCUCCAGCCGCCAAUGGCUUUCAGAUUUUACGACCGUUGACUAAGUCUAAUAUGUGCAUUUUGAGCAUCAGAUCAUAUGGGACACGUCCAAUUGCAAGACCUAGAAUAGCCUGCAAUAUGAACAUAGCAGCUGGACAAUCUGAUGAACCUCACAAAUUUAACUUGGAGAACAUAAUAGACCGGGCAAGGAAAUUGUGGGACAGCACUCCUACACCUGUCAAGAGUUUCCCUUGGAAUAGAGCACUGGACAAUUUCGUUCAACUUAUUCUUGACAUUGUUUUGAUAGUCACCAAAUACUUGUAUGUACCAGUACUUGUAGUUACCUCAAUCAGUGAGUUGUCUUACUGUGCACAUGAAAGGAAGCUUUAUAUCACGCUGUUUCCUUUUCUUGUUGGUGUUGCUAUUGCUGGCAUCUUAAAGUCCGCAGCUCUGGAAUCAUCUCCAUCUCUCAAGAAUGCAGAAGUUCCUUGGCAUUUGAUUGCCAUUGGCUUUUUCUUCACUCUGCUAAAAUUGCCGGGACCAUAUUAUCCAUAUUGGGGUCGAAUUUUUAUUCCACACUUUGCAAAUGGGGCAUUGUUCAGAACCCUGUGGUUUGCUUUCCUCUGGUACAGAAGGCCUAGGAAGUCACUAGAAAAGACCCUGCCUGAUUCAGUAGUUAUUGAUCCUGAACAGAAGGAGCUAUAACUUCUUCGGCGUCGAAGUAUUUGGACUGGGGCAAAUCACUAUUUUUGGCAAAUUGUUGAUCAAGUUUGAAGAUCUUUGAUUUUCACUUUUAGAGGGGCUUUGGUUUUUAGUUCUAGAGAAGAAAGCUUCUUUGCAAUCAGAAAAUAGGUAUAGCAGUCGAAAGUUUUCACUGUAAACAUUUUCAGUCAGUAUAAUGCCCAACGUUGUGAGGAAGUGUCUCCCUUCUACUCUUUUUUAUUGUAUUUUGUUCUCGUUA